AUGGAGAUCCGUAGUCCCUACGAUUCAGACGGCAUCGUCGAGGACUGGGAUGCUGCUGCAAGGCUGUGGGAAUAUAGCAUCACCUCACGCUUGACCGGUGCCCGACCAACAUCCGCUGCCAAGAAUGGCCUCAACGACGACAAGAAAGAAGGAGAGGAAGCUGGAGACGGCGACGGCGAUGUUGCUAUGGAGGGCAUCGAGGAGCAAGAGAAACCAAUGAGCGAACACCCACUGCUCAUGUCAGAGCCUGCUUGGAACCCUGCAAAACAUCGCGCAAAGUGCAUGGAGAUUGCUCUCGAAGACUGGGGUGCUCCUGCCUUCUGGCUAGGCAAGACUGGUGUUCUGGCAGCGUACGUCCAUGCGUGCCUAGAGAGACAGAGUACGCGUUGCUGA